UCUGUUGCAGUUUCCAUGGAAAUAAAUCGGAGGCAUUACUUUCGGAGCAACCUACGUAUAAUAAAACUCUACGGUUUGUUUAAAACUCAUUUUCUGGGCUUUCCCAAGUACUGCAAAUUGCUCAGCGCAGCUGGCCGUAGGUUAAGAACCCUGUUCGAUAGCUUCCUUCAGCCCCGUUUCCUCAGGACGUCCCGAGGCGGGAAGGAGCGCGCAGCCCUCGCGGAGCCGCCCGCCGGCAGCUGCGGCGGGAGCGCCAGCACGGCCCCGCGCCGCCGGCAGGGAACGCCCCUUCACCUCGCGCGCCUGCGCCGCCUGACGGGCGGGGCCUCGGCCCGGGUUCGAACGGUGGCGGGCCGCGGAGGUGCGGCAUGGCGGGCCGGGUUUCCCUACUCCGCCAGUGUCCGCUGCUGCUGCCUCAGAACCGGGAGGGGACGGCCUAUGAGGGCUUCGUCAGCGCGCAGAGACUUCCACAUCCGGAUCCUGUUACCAAUAGAUUCUCAACUGAAAAAUGCAAGGAUAGAGUGUAGCUGGCACCUAAAGAAGAUACUGCAUGGAUAUCGGCAUAUUUUGAAGCAGAGGUUGCACAGCUGUCCAGAUCUUGUCAGUUUUGUGGUGGAGCUGAAAACUAUUUUGGAAAUUGCUUUGAAGAAUACACAAGAGCUGCACGUACCAUGGCCACCAGAAUACUACUCCUGUCUUGUCAGAGAUCUAGAAAUACUGGGUUGGAAUAAAGUGGCCUAUGUGGAUACUGGUCUCACCACAAUCAAGCUGAAAGCUGAAGACUCCAGUGGUCGACAACAUCUGAUCGCUCUGAAGUUGAAUGCAAAGUAUCCUACUGAACCACCGGAUUGCACUGUGGAUUUUCCUGUUCAGUUUGCCAUUUCUUGGAUGCCACAGAACUCCUUAGUAGACAUCCAUAACCAGUUCCUGGCAGCAUUAGAAUCGCUGAAAGAAUUCUGGGACACCAUGGAUGAAAUUGAUGGGAAGACGUGGGUGCUCGAGCCCGAAAAUCCCACCCGGUGCGCAACGGCACGGAGGAUCGCGAUAGGUACAGGAAGAGCAGCAGGAAGGCAGGAUAUCAAGAAGGAAACUCGGGAUGCUUUUUUUUCUCUGCUUGUCUGGUCAGGUGGUGGCUCUUUGAGUCAGGAAAAGGAAGGGAGCAACGUUUCCGUGAGCAUAGAGGUGGAUCCCAGGCACCCAAAGAUGCUCCCUGAGUGCUACUUCCUUGGAGCGGAUCAUGUGGUUAACCCUUUGAGAACUAAGCUGAACAACAACAUGCACUUGUGGGAUCCAGAAAUUAGUUUAUUACAAAACUUGAAAGACCUCUUAGAAAUUGAAUUUCCAUCUCGUGCCGUGCUGGAAAAAAGUGAUUUCACUAAGGACUGUGGAAUCUGCUAUGCCUAUCGCCUCCACGGCACGACGCCGGACCAAGUGUGUGAUGACCCCCGAUGCGGACAGCCUUUUCAUCAGGCUUGCCUCUAUGAGUGGCUACAAGGUCUUCCUUCCAGCAGACAGAGCUUUAAUGUCAUCUUUGGUGAAUGUCCGUAUUGUAACAAGCCGCUGACACUGAAAUCUUCCCUGAAGAAACCUUGAGAAGAACACCACCAGGGAACACGGACGCACUUAUGCUGAAGACAAUGAAACUGAGAUCAAAGAAAAUACAAGGAAAGUGAUAUCAGAAACAAAAGUACAA